GCAUAGGGGGCUGCGGGAGGCAUGCAGAGGGGUGGGCUAUGGAGGGUCAGGGUUCGGGGAGGGGAGGUGGGAUCCUGAACCUGGAGCACCCCAAGGAGCCCGCUGGAAUUGUGCCAUCUGCAGGAGCCAUGAAAGGCAUCCAUCUCGUCCUGCUGGCCGUCCUGCUGUGCUCUGAGCAUGCCCUGAGCCUGCAGUGCUACAACUGUACUGACAUCCAGAAUGUCAGUAAGUGCCAGACCAACACCUCGUGUGAAACGACACCCAGCGUCUGCUAUCAGGGCAGCAUGAUCUUGACCGCGGCCAGUGGGGAGACGCUCACUGUACUACCUAAGGGUUGUGCCUCUUCCUGCGAGGAAGCUUCCCAGUUUCUGCAACAGACUGCGGAGACAAACAACCUAUCAGGGGGGGUUCAGUUAAAAGUGGAACAUGUGCACUGCUGUAAAGAAGACCUCUGUAACGGGGUGGCCCUGGUGGGGCGCAGCCUCUGGGCCCUGGCCGGGGGGCUCCUGCUCAGCCUGGGGCCUGCCCUCCUCUGGACCCUGCUGUGAGGACCCCAGGGACUCAGACAGCAAAAGGAGGAGGGACAUCGUUACUGAUGGUAGUUCCGUGUGGCAUGCACAAC